CCGGCCACUUUAGCGGCGGCAGAGCGCAGCGAGCGGACUGAUCCACCCUCACUGAGGGGGUUCGUCUUCCACCAGUAGAAAAAAAAAAAAAAAACUACAAGGAAAUUAAACGCUACGAGGCGUCAGAGCUGGGAUUCAAAAGGAAGGUCGGACUGGGGCUGCGGCUUUUGGACUCUAAUUUUUACGCACGGCGGAUCUAUGAAGACGCCGACAGGUUAUUCUUUAGCAACCCCAGACUGAGGCACCCCGGAGUGACUGGCCCCCUCCUCUCCUCUCCUCACCCCGCCUGUCUGCCUCCAAUGCCGGGCAUUAGCUCCGCCGCGCCUCGCUAUGAGAGCUGGGAAAUGGACCACCUGGACCACUACCAGCACUACUUCUACGACGACCACGACCCGGACGAGGACUUCUUCAAGUCCACAGCGCCCAGCGAGGACAUAUGGAAGAAAUUCGAGCUGGUGCCGACCCCGCCCAUGUCCCCCAUCCGGCUCCCUGCGGAAGGGUCGGGCAAGGUCGGGCUGCUGUGUCCUUCUCUCGGGGACAAACUGGAGUGGGUGUCCCAGUUUCUGGGGCAGGAGGACGAGCAGAACCACCAGCAUCCGCAGGAGCUGCCCUGCAAGCUGGCCACCGGCGGAGACACCUUCGGCAACCUGAGCUCCAUCAUCAUCCAGGACUGCAUGUGGAGCUGCUUCUCUGCAGGACAGCAGCUGGAGAAGGUGGUGGGGGAGCGCUCCCGGCUCGGCGGGGUUUCCUCCCCUGGCAGGGCGCAGGGGCCGCUCUCUGACACCGGGAGCGGUUCGGCUGCGGACUGCGUGGACCCGGCUGCUGUGCUGACUUUCCCGCUUUCUGGAGGAUGCAAGAGGCAGGUGUCCUCUGGUUCAGAGUCACACACGGACUCCUCAGAUGAAGAAGAUGAGAAUGAUGAGGAUGAAGAGGAGAUUGAUGUGGUGACGGUGGACCACAAGCAGCAGCGGAAGCGGCGCCGACUGGUCACCACCCGCAAACCGGUCACCAUCACGGUGCGAGCAGACCCCCACGACCCUGGAACCAAGCGUUUCCACAUCUCUAUCCAUCAGCAGCAGCACAACUACGCCGCCCCCUCCCCGGACACGCUCCCAGCUGCUCCCGAGCCCGCCCGGAAAAAGGUUCGCCAGGAGGCCCCUGCUCCUGUGACCCAGCCUUACCAGAACUCUUACCACCACCAGCCCCGGCCUGGCCACGCCCCUCUGAACGCGGACAGCAGAAAGUCUCAGACCACAGCGGUCGGACUCAGAUCCGAAUCCCCUAACCUCCACGCAUCCUCGCCUACCUCGUCCUCAUCGCCUUCGUCCCCACCCGGCUCCUCUUCUUCCUCCUCCCACCAAAGCUCGUACUCAAAGCCCCCCUCUCACCUGUCCAGCCCCCAGUCCUCAGACUGCGAGGACACGGACAAGCGAAAGGCGCACAACUUCCUGGAGCGUAAGCGACGCAACGACCUGCGAUCACGCUUCCUAUCGCUACGGGACGAGAUCCCUGGGUUGGCGGACUGCCCCAAAACCCCCAAGGUGGCCAUCCUGACCCGGGCCACAGAGUACCUGCAGCAGCUCCACGCUGCCGAGAGGCAGAAGACCCAGGAGAGGAAGCAGCUGAAGGCACGGCAGCUCCAGCUGCUGCAGCGCCUGGCGCAGCUCAAACGCUCCUGAGGGGCGGAGUCAGCCAUCACUUUACUAGAACACUGAACCUAAUGGGACUAAAAGGAGAGGAGGAAAAACACUGAUCACUUUGUAUUGGUCAUGCGGGAAUAGAGCAGGUGGACUUUUGUUUGUUUUUUCAUUUUGCCUUUUGUUUUGGUUUUGUUUUUUUGCACAUCAGCUUGUGAAUGAUGAGAGCUGUCUGGAUGGCCAGCAAGGGAUCGAUCCGAGUCGCUCUUGCAGGCAUUAUAUUCGUGGUCACUUAAUAUUUGUUCUGCCUACCUGCAAGGAGAACAAUUAAAACUUGCUAUAAUAAAACCAACCGUUAAACGAGCGAUGCAAAUUGGCCUAAAUUGCUCUGUCAACUACUGUGCUUUGAUAACCCAGCCUCCUUUAUGGCCAACUGUUUAGUCUCUGGUAUAGAACGUCUGAAUUCAAAACUUUGCCUUCAUUUCUGAAUUGGUGUCCAGUAACCUUUAAUUUCCCCCCUUUUCAGUUUCCUUCAUACAGUUCUUUACAGUAGUUGGUCAGUUCUUUCUUGACUCAGGCCUGAGAGAGAAGUUUGAGCUCCACCCUUGAUUAAAACUCAUUACUGAAGUAUUUCACUACUGCAUGUUGGUGCAGCAAAUCAGUUCCCAUUGGAGCCUUUUUGUUUUUGCUGUAAUUAUGCAGAAAAAAUGGUCGACGUCUCAGAAUUUCUUUUAUAAAGAGUCUAAAUUUCAGAUUGAUUGUUGUGCCAUGAAGACCAGCCAAACGGUGAAUUAACAUUAAUUGAUUCAUAGAUACCAUCUUAAGUUUCCAGCUGUAUUUAUUUCAUCUUGCUGUCUGAUUUCAUUCGAUGGAAUGCCUUUAGGAGCCUUUCUGUGUCUGUACAUUAUCCAGCUGGAUGUUCUGUAAAUAGAUCCUCGACUGUACAGUCCUCCUGAAACCAAAACCUGAGCUGUCUAAGUUUUCUCAUCCAGUUUCUUUUGGGCUUGCUGGCUUUUCAGAGAUGACUCAAAGCUUCUAUUUUUGUUAAUAAAAUUUUAAAAGAGAAAAAAAACAAAAUAAAACACUGAAAUU